CAAAAGUCCAAAAGCUGGGAGAGGAUGUAUGUUCUGUGUUGCAUCAGUCCCAGCUGCCCACCCACAAACUCCUGCUGCUCCAGAUGAUCAGUACAAAUACAGCUCAGCAUGAGCCUGGUACAUCUACAGAGGGAGUGGCUCCUCUUCCUCGAAGUCUGCCAUGUCACGCCGCCAUGUUUCCACGGUGGCCCACAAAGGGCCCCGAGUGGACGACGAGUGGCCCCUGACAGGGGAGAAAUGUCCAACCUGCUGCAGUUUAAAUGAAAAUGUUUAUUAAUUUGAUCACAUUCUUGCAUUUUUAUUAUCAUAUGCGUUGUCCACGGCAUCAAGCUCACAAUGCACAGCUCACAUUGCACUCAUAAUAGCAAAUAUUUUAAUGACAGAUGUAAAAAUAAAACCCUUUUGUUUCAUACGGUGAAAAGCUUCUAUUGAGGUACGCGGCGUUUUCAUAUGCAAAUGGGACUUAAGCCCCCCUCAGGGAUUUGGUCCACGGAUGUACUACAGCGGUGCUUACGUCGACUCUACAUUUUCCCUCCUUCUGCACGCUAUGUCUGUCAGAUUUCCGGCAGCCCCUGAAGGCGACAUAAACCACAUCCUUUUAGACUUCAUUUCCAGAACCGAGGAGGACCGAGCGGCACCGCGAAGCGUUCGCACGUCACCGGGAGCGGAUAAAAACAACCCCCGGGUCCACUCAGUGAAUGUGAAGCGUCAAGGACGUCCUGCUUUUCCCAGCAGAGUGGACGAUGAGGACGGAGGAGAUGAAGAGACGAGCCGCUGUGGCCGUGAUGUUUCUCAUCACUGCGAGUCUUUCCGGCAGCGGCGGCUCGGUGGGUUCGGAGUGCAGCCCGUCCAGCAGUGAGACAAACGGCGCGGUGCGUUUACUGUCCGCUGUGGUCGACUCGCAGAGAGCUGAGCUGAGCCAGAGACAACACCUGGAAGCUCUUUUCAACAGAUAUGGAGAAAAUGGCACCAUCUCUCUGGCCGGUUUAAAGCGUCUCUUACAAAACGUGGGUUUGGAUCGCAUCAGGACUGGUAUGGUGCAACAUCAGGAGCAGCCAGGCCACCAUGACCACCACCACCACCACCACCAUCAUCAUCAUGUCCACCAUCAUGAAGGCCACCAUCACCACCAGAAUCAUGAUGAAAACAACUCUCAUGACCAGAAACACGUCCACGCCAAACCCUCACAUCCCAGAAAGUUUCCAAAGAGUCCUGAAGUCUCCAGAGACAAGGACAUCCAUCACAACCUGCACGACAAAAAGAGCAUGGUGGCAGCUCAGGAGGUCGACACCACGGCGGCGUACAGCGCCCAGCUGGUGGUGCAUCCGGAUGAUAAGACAAAAGACAGCAGUCCAGACACCACCAGGAUGUCUUCUGGGAGACUGGUCACUGAAAGCCAGACGCAGACAGCUCUAGUCAACCAGGGGGAUGACCACGACCACGACCACGAUCACGAUCACGACCACGACCACGACCACGAUCACGAUCACGACCACGACCACGACCACGACCACGACCACAACCACGACCACGAUCACGACCAUGAGCAAGACCACACAGACCAGGAUCUUCCUCGAAACCGAAGUGCAGACGGUGUAGGGUGUCUGAACGCCUCCCACAUCCUCUCCUCACACGGGAUGUCUCUGAAGGUGGGAGUGACCCCCAGUGACUUCAGCUUCCUGUGCCCCGCCCUCCUCCACCAGAUUGAUGAUGGAGUGUGCAUCCUACACGGGGAGAGAGACCAUAGUCACAGUCACCAUGGAAACCACAACAGCUCACACCGCGACCACAGCAAGCGCGCUGCUGGAGAAACUGGCAAAAGCAUCGCGAUAGCGUGGGUCGGCGGCUUCGUCUCCAUCACCGUCAUCAGCCUGCUGUCCCUGCUCGGCGUCGUCCUCAUCCCGCUCAUGAGCAGAGUUUUCUUCAAGUUCCUCCUCAGCUUCCUGGUGGCGCUGGCUGUCGGCACGCUGAGCGGCGAUGCCUUCCUUCACCUCAUCCCUCACUCCCAGGGAGGCCACCACCACCACCACGAGGACUCAGAGGAACAUCACCUCCACAGUGAGCCAGAGGAAAACCUGGACGCUGUGUGGAAGGGCCUGACGGCUCUGGCUGGAGUCUACUUCAUGUUUCUGAUCGAACACUUCCUGACGCUGGGAAAAAUGUACAAAGACAAGAAACAAAAGAUCCAGAAGAAGUGGGAUCAGAACGACAAAGCGGAUCCAGAGAAGCAGCCUGCUCUGGAGGAGAACGACCUGAAGCCACCCGAAGAUGUGGAGACCAAUGGUGCCGGGAUGUUUGGCGACCACUCCAGCAGCCUGCACGGCGGCGGUGGCGGCGUUGCAGAGGAAGAGCAGGUGAUGCUGGCGCCGCAGGUGUCCAUUGUCUCUCCGCAGGAUUACGACGGAGCGUCGGGGUCUGCGACCUACACCGCCCAGGACUGCGAGAACAAAUGCCACUCCCACUUCCACGAUACGGUGGGGCAGGCCGACAGCAUGCACCACCACCACCAUGACUACCACCACAUCCUGCACCACCACCACUCCCAGAACCACCACCCUCACAGCCACUCCCACUCCUACUCCGAGCAGCACUUCCAGCAGGCCGGCGUGGCCACGCUCGCCUGGAUGGUCAUCAUGGGAGACGGGCUGCACAACUUCAGCGACGGCCUGGCCAUCGGAGCUGCCUUCACUGAGAGUCUGUCCAGCGGCCUCAGUACUUCUGUGGCUGUUUUCUGUCACGAGCUGCCUCACGAGUUGGGUGACUUUGCGGUGCUCUUGAAGUCCGGUAUGACAGUGCGUCAGGCCAUUCUGUAUAACGUGUUGUCCGCCAUGAUGGCCUACUUUGGCAUGGUGACCGGCAUCUUGAUCGGUCAGUACGCAGAGAACAUCUCCAUGUGGAUAUUCGCGCUGACAGCUGGACUCUUCAUGUACGUGGCUCUGGUGGACAUGGUGCCUGAGAUGUUGCACAACAACGCCGGAGAUCACGGCUUCAGCCACUGCGGCUUCUUCCUGCUGCAGAACGCCGGCAUCCUGCUGGGCUUCUGCAUAAUGCUGCUAAUCGCCAUUUUUGAACACGAAAUCAAGCUGGACCUGGGCUACUGAGGGACACACUGAGACACGUGCUUCGUCUCAGUGUGUCCCUCAGAAGUCGAAUGUUUAGAGGAGGAACACAGAAAUCAGAUGCCAUGUUGAGUCCUCUCCCUCUCUGACGUGAACCCAGGCUUCUUUUGCCACCAGUUUUGUUUAAAGCCCUUUUUGUCGUUCUGUUUUUGUGUUUGAAGUGUUUGUGCUGCAGAGUCCAAUCACAGCAGUGUUCCCAGAGUGCCAUAAGAGCAGCCUCAGUGUUAGCACAACAUGCUGGGUCACAGCUGACACACAAGUCGCUCCUUUAAGUCCCACCAGGUGAAUAAUGAGGUGAAAAUGAUCCAUCUUAUCCUGUUUGCUAUAAAUUGCUUGCUAUGUCCAGCCAAACAUAUUCAUAUUCCAUUUUAGAAGCUGGGACCAGUAACUCUUUAACGUUUUGUCUCGGAGCAACAACUAUUAUUCGUGUUUGUAACUGAUGGGUUCUGAGAGUCAGUCCAGUUCAUGCUGUGUUGGCGCCCCCUUGUGUUUGUUGUUGCUUACUGCAACCAUGAUGAUAAGCUAUGAAACAGUUUCAUCACUUCAAAAUGAUAGUAGAUAGUAUAGCAGAGACUUGCUGCCCACUGCUGCCAAGUCCUCCUGAAUCACAGCCGCUGCAGAUGAAAUGUGAAAUGUGAGCAGUGCGAGUGCUGAUCUGGGAGCAGAUGUGAUAAAGUUGUUGCGUUAAAAAUGGGACGGUGGCGGGUCUUGAUGUGGUUCUUUGAGCUGACGGCACAGGCGUUCUGACGUGUGUUGUGCUGCACGGACGAGCAUCCGUCCAUUAAAUCAACCAGCCUGAUGAAGGGAAAUUAAAUCUCAGUGUUGAUGUUCUGAGCGGCAGAAAGCUGUGAAGGAUUUGGACUGGGUCAGUCCACCAUCCAGCUCACCCAGAAUGCAGAAAACGUCUGUUAAAGUCAUGAGACGUUGCAGAAUCCUACAGCUCGACUCACCAGCCGUGAAUCUUUGAAGUUUGGUUCUCAGAGCUGAAGUUCCAUCAUUUUUCAGCUUCUUUGCUUGUGUUUUCUGAGCGUCACUGAUGGCUUGUUUUUCACUGGAUUGGGUUGAAAUUUAUACCGAACCUCCAGGAAACCCUGAGGAUCAUCUGCAGCACAUCAGCCAUCAGAGACCACAUUCAUAAAAGCCAGAAGUAAAGAUGUUACAGUGACGCUGCGUCAUUUAAUCAUUUUUAAAUGGUUUCUCGUGCUUUUCUCUGGCUGUACUAUCACAGUGCUUCACUCUCUGUGUGACUUCAGGUUUUUCUAUCUUUGUGUUUCCUGUCGAACCCGUUUUUCAGGAAGUUGGCUUGUUUCACUUUGGUUUGUUGCGUGCUGGAUUUAAAAGUUCAGAACUAAAAAUGUAUUUGGAGCAGAACUGUAGGAUUUCUGCAAGGUCCUGUGAAUAUACAGGAAAUCUUUAGUUUUUAAGAAGAUCCACUACAUGAAGUGGGCUCCCUGUGAGCUGGUGUGGAACAACCCUGGAAAGUUUACUCACUUAAAAUGAUGAAAGUGAUGAGUGCAAAACUCUGAUCGUUUUUGUUGCUCUCACUGAGCAUCUGGUGUCAAGUUUCGUCUGUUACAUUGUGUUAUUUUCUAUUUAGAACAAGGAUUGUCAUGUAAAACAAGCAGCCACUUGUUUAGGACGUUUAUUUCUGUUGAUUGUUUAUUGAAAUAUGAAAAUGCUGGACAGGAGUGAGUCGCGUCACGACUUGAGAUCAUCUCGAUGUGGAGUCGAUGAGGGCAGCACUUCAAAAUGUUUUAGAUGACCGUGAUUCAAAUAAGCAAGCUGUACCUCGAGGGUGAGUUUGUCCUCUAGAGGGUGCUGUUUCCUUUUGCCUUACAGCCUAAACUGUGGGCAGUUCGACCUGUUGUGGAGCUGAACGGGAUCUGCGUGCCAAUAAAAACUGUUGCACUUAUUGAAACACGUGUGGCUAACCUGCAGGCCAGCAGCGUUCUGUGAGCUUAGAAGCGCCUGCAGACGUGUUGACGCGGUGAUGAGGAUGUCUGAGCGCAGAUCCACAACAAGCCGUCAGGCAGCGGCCGUUCGGGCCUUUGCCGGCCUGCUGUUUAGCACAGGUGGUCACUCAUCACCUGAACAUGAACGUCAGCUGUAGAACGAGCGUGUUGAGUUAGUGUUGGAGGAACUUUGACAGUUUGGUUUUCUGUCAUCUUUAAUUUCCGUGACUUUUCUUCUGCUUCCACAGCCUGACAGCCUCAUCACUGUGUUCAGAGCAUCAGAGUGAGCUGGUGUUGGUGUAAACACGACCUCAGUAAUGUGGAGGAUCUCUUUCCUCUCAGCUAACACUUCACUCUCACGGUGAGUCGAGGUGUGACAGGAUGUUUGAAUUUUUUUGCACAGCUGCUUCCAUCCUUUCUCACGUCUCCCAUGCGAGAUGGUCUCAAACCGCUGAAAUAUUUAAACAGUGCUGCGUCUGACUCGACCGACCGACCAACACAUGCUGUUGUGCGAAUCCCUGAGCCUUCUGCUCCGUGUGAGAGAAAAGGCAGAUUCAGCGUGUGGCAUCAGUGAAGGGCUAAGAAGCCGACAAAUUAUGGCAACUAAAAGGAGAAACUCUGCACAUCCACUGUUUGCUGUGUUUUUUAAAAUUUGUUUUUAUUGUAUUUAAUUGUAAAACUCAAUGUGGCAGCUCGACACCCUCACGAAAAAGUCUCACAGACGUUCAAAAUUUGAAUGGUUUUCUGCAUUUGUUGCUGUGUUUAAGAAGCUGCUCCGAUGUUUAGGUCAAAUAAAAUUCCCUCACGGGUCGUGAGAAAAAUUAUUUGUUCACUUUUUAAAGUUUAACUGCUCAAGAAAACCACAGAAAGCAAACCUCAGUGUGUGUAUUACAUGUACAAUACUGCACAAGUGUGUGUUUCAGUAGUUCACUGUGUGCUGUUUGUUGUGACGUGUCCUGCAGAGGAAGUUUCAGUGUGGAUUUUGUCAUGUGUGUUGAAUCAGACUGCAGAGACCUUCAGGCAGCUGCGACGUUGACUCUUUUUGUUCUCUGACAUUCCUGAACACAAAUAAACUCGUUCGCCAUCCUUCA